AUGUCUGCUCAACCUACAAUCUAUCUUGUCACUGGUGGAGGACGUGGCAUAGGCUUUAGCCUCGUCCAAGCUCUCUCUACUCGGCCCAACACGGUCGUCUAUGCUGGGGUCCGCUCGUUCCCUCCAGGCGCUGACAGUGACCUCGGCCGACUCGCCGCUCAGUCCCCAACUGUCGUCCUGCCCAUCAAGCUCACAAGCGGGAGCAUCGAGGAUAACCACGCUGCCGCAGCUGCUAUCAAGGGGAAGUUUGGCAUGCUUCACUGUGUCAUCGCUUGUGCAGGUGUAUCGUCCGGACUAUCCUCCGUGCUCUCCGCUACCCCGUCACAGAUGAGGAGCGACUUUGAGACCAAUUCCAUCAGUCCGCUAGUCUUGUUUCAAGCGCUGGCGCCCCUCCUCCUCGCCACGCACGCCGCCUCUCCCGGUUCUGCCAGCCCCAAGUUCGUCGCCAUCUCCUCGCAGCGAGGCCAGAUCACCGACUGCAUGGCGUACACUUUUGACUCCUAUGGGUGCUCGAAGGCCGCUCUCAACUAUCUUAUCAAGAAGAUGGACGUGGAGCACCCGCAGAUCAUUUCGUUCCCCAUUCACCCGGGGUCAGUAAAGACUGAGAUGGGGCACGCGGGCGUCGCUGCUCUGUCUGUCAAGCUGGAGGACAUCGGAGGGAUAUCGGCCGAGGAGAGCGCGGCGGGUAUACUCAGCGUGAUCGACAAGGCGACAAAGGAGAGUCAAGGGGGCAGGUUCUGUACUUGGGAGGGCGAACAGCUGCCCUUCUAG